AGAGCUGCAAUCACUGCCUUACUAAAAACAAUAGCAAUAUUCUCGAAUAAAAUCCGUCGCUCGAAAAUAGAAUUAAGUAGAAAAAUGAAUCUGUUGGAUUUGCCGCAAACCGUCAUCCUGGACAUCCUGGAGCUGAUGCCCUACGACGAGGUGGCCAAGAAGCGAGAGGUGUGCACUGUUUUUAAUUACCUUGGCCAGCAAAUUUUGAACAAGGGAUUCAACAAGAUAAUAUUGGCCCAUGCCAAGAACUUUAAGCGCAUCAAAUCCAUGCUGCCACGACGAGAAUCGGAACGCAGGAACCACAUCCUAUCCCGCCACUCGGACAUUCUCACCUCCAUCGAGACCCGCAUUUCCAUGCUCACCAUGACGUACUCCAAGUUCAUUGACCUCAACAUCUGCUGCUUCAUACCGGGUCGCGUUCUGGACGAGAUCAACAGCAUCCUGCGCAUUCUGAGCACCUCCACCAAGCAGCUGCGACCGCACGAGGUCCUGCAGGAGCUGCGCGACAUAUCCUCCAUGGCCAUCGAGCAUUUCGACGAGAAGAUUGCUGUGAACUUCAAGAUGGAGCACCGGAAACAGUUGGCGGAAUCCACGGCGGCCGGAACUCGCCUGGUGGUCUGCAGUGCCUUGGGCGACAUAAGCUUCAGUGGCGUGCGGAGAACCGGUAUCAGUCGACCCGUGGAUCACGGCCUCGUGCAGCAGGCCAUCGUUCAGUUGGCCCCCAUCACUGCCAGCCACAAACCAUCCCAGCCGGAAUCCUCGCAGAGGGAUCGCGUCUCGAAGCACCUGCUCAAGCAGUAUCAGCUCCAGAGGACACUCACGCAAAAGAUACGCAGCCUGGAGGUGUCGCGCAAGGUGCAGGAUCGCCGCCUGCAGGAGGCCCUCGCCAGCAUCACCGAACUGACCACCCAGGUGUCCGAGCUGAAGCGCCAGAUGGAGGAUGUGGUGGCCAACAUGCCCAGUUGCGGCGUCAAACGUCAGGCGGUGGCCAGUGCGGAAUGCCUGCCGCCGGCGAUGAAGAAGCCCAAGGUCUAGCCAAGGAUUAGGAUAACCAAAUAGGAUAACUACCUCCCCCCUCCAGACAAUUGUAGCUAUUAGUUGGAGUAGCAUUAACUAGACAGGGCAGCUUCGAUAUAUCGCGUUAAGAUUUAUUGUUGCACUUGUUACUUAAAUAUUGUAUUACUACUAUAUAAAUACAUUGAACAUCUAGUGAAAAGUUCUCUCGCAA